CUCUACCACCACCAUGUCCAAUCCAAUCUCCAUCCCCUCCAGAUCAUCCUAUGGCGCCGGCGCCGUGUCCGUCUCGCCCACAUACUCUUCUCUCCACGAACGUCUGCGCGCAGCCGCUCUCUCCUCAAACGUUCGCUCACCCAGGGUCCUGCACCCGAUCGAGAACGAGGGCCUCAGACUCUUGUUGCUCGAAAAUAUCAGCCAGGACGCUGUCCGCGCGUUCCAAGCACAGGGCUUCCAUGUAGACCACUCCGCCAAAGCCAUGUCUGAGGACGAGCUCGUGGAGAAAAUAGGCCAAUAUCACGCCAUUGGUAUUCGCAGUAAGACAAAGAUCACAGAACGCGUGAUAAAGUCUGCGUCCAAGCUCCUAGUCAUCGGCUGCUUCUGCAUUGGCACGAAUCAAGUUGACCUCCACACCGCUGCGAAAGCCGGUAUUCCUGUCUUCAACUCUCCCUUCUCAAAUUCACGCUCCGUUGCCGAGCUCGUGAUGUCCGAAGUCAUUGCCCUCGCCCGCCAGUACUUCGAGCGCGGCUGGGAGAUGCGCCAGGGCAUAUGGAACAAGCAAUCCAAGGGCUGCUGGGAGAUCCGCGGCAAAACUCUUGGUAUCGUGGGCUACGGUCACAUCGGCUCACAGCUCUCCGUCCUGGCGGAGGCUUUCGGCCUGAGAGUGCUCUUCUACGAUGUCAUCAACCUCAUGCCCCUCGGCUCUGCACGCCAGGUGGACUCGCUCUCCUCGCUCCUCUCGGAGGCCGACUUUGUCACCCUCCACGUCCCUGAGCUCCCUGAAACCACGAAUCUUAUUUCCACCCCUCAGCUCGCGCAGAUGAAGAAAGGAUCGUACCUCAUCAAUAACGCACGUGGCCGUGUCGUCGACAUCCCAGCGCUUGUUGAGGCCGUCAAGUCCGGCCAUCUCGCCGGUGCCGCGCUUGACGUCUUCCCUGCCGAGCCAGGCUCUAACGGCUCGCCGUUCGACGACCAGCUCAACGCAUGGUCUUCCGAGCUCCGUUCGCUCAAAAAUGUCAUUCUCACUCCCCACAUCGGCGGCUCGACCGAGGAGGCACAGCGAAUGAUCGGCGAGGAGGUCUCCGGGGCCGUCACCCGUUACCUCAACGGCGGCUCUACCCUCGGCGCCGUCAACUUCCCCGAAGUCGACCUCCGCGCCAUCACGGACGAGGAGGGCAACCACGUCCGCAUUUGUCAUGUUCACGUUAACCAGCCAGGCGUGCUCAGGCAGGUCAAUGAGGUGCUGUCGCCUUAUAACGUGGAGAAGCAGUAUUCGGACUCCAAGGGCGACAUUGCCUACCUCAUGGCAGACAUCGCGGACGUUAGCUCACAGGACGUGAACAAGCUGCGGGAGAUGAUCAGCAAGACCAGCGCAAAUAUUUUAACGCGGCUGCUGGCUUGAGCCUUCACUGGUUGGGGGCAUGCCGCUGUGUCGGUGGAUUGGCAUAGAGAAGACUCCCAUGGACGGUUCCACCCGAUAUAUAACCUGGGUUCAAAAACACGAGUAAUUUCCACUCAACUGGACUUGCUUGACCAUUCAGAUGGAUGGAUUAGGGGAUGAGAAAGAAGAAUGUAUUUUUCAUGUCGAACACUGUAGCUGUACCUUAAUAAAAAUUUGCCGAAAAACACACACACUUGUGUCUGUCUUGUGUGUUCU